AUGUCGUUACCUAGAUCAUUAAGAGAUGAAAAUUCACGCGUCUCUGCGCGUGAUAGACACUUGGCACAGACAUUGCUGCCGUCAAAACUACAAGAGAAUCAGGAGGACCCGGGCAGUCAAAGAAUGCAAUCAGUGCGGAAUGCUGCUGUUGCUAUGAGGAUUGAGCGCUCUGUUGCAGUUACUGUUCGCCUGUUUGUAGGGUUUCGGAUUCAUGAAGUCAAUGUGGGCAAGGCAAAUUGCUGGAAAGUUGUAUGGAUUGAUGCCGGAGAGAUCUGGUCCGGAUUACUAUGA